AAGAAGAUAUUUUGAGGUUAGGAAACACCUUGUUUCUUGUUUUGAUAUCCUUCAUUUUCAUCAAUAAACUGAAGUAACAGAGAUUUGUAAAUAAUUAUGGGCAAUUAAAGUUUAGGUGACUAAAAUAAAAGACAAUAUUAAAAUGGGCUUAUUAACAGAUCCGUCAACCGGACAAGGAAAAUUCGUAAAGAUCCUUUUAAAAUACUACGUUCACGCUUGUAUAUUACUGUACGUAUCCGGCGUAUUAUGGUUUCUGGCCAUAGCAUAUCCCAAUAUGAACGCAAAUACGUACUUUUCCGAAAACGCUCUGUUACCUGGAUUAGUGAAAUCCCAAUUUCGCGAAGAUAGGGAAGCUUCGAGAUACCACGAAGAGUUCCUCGAUGAAAUGAAGAAGUAUCCCGACUCCAUUCCAUAUCCAUGGCUACUGGCGAAGUUUAAACAAAUCGGAUUAGACGCUUACAUGCACAAUUUUACCCUCGCUUCUCCUUUCAACAGGAAGGAUAAGUUUUCUGGAAAAAAUGUAUAUGGUAUACUGCGGGCACCGAGAGGAUCGAGCGCCGAAGCCCUGGUGCUCAGCACGCCUUUUAGACCCAGCUCGAGCCCACAUCCUCCCACUGAGCCAUCUAUCGCAAUCAUGCUGGCCUUCGCCAAGUAUGCUAACAAAGAAAAAUAUUGGGCCAAAGAUAUAAUAUUCCUAAUAACAGAACACGAGCAAGUUGGAGUACAAGCCUGGUUAGAAGCCUACUAUGGUGUUACUUGUGGCAGUGAAAAUAUUUUGGACCACGGAGAUCUCAAGGGGCGUGGAGGGGCCAUUCAAGCGGCCAUCAAUUUAGAAUUGCAUAGCGAAAGGAUUGGCCAAAUGGAUAUAAAAAUCGAGGGCUUAAAUGGACAGUUGCCCAACUUGGACCUAUUUAACUUGGCAUCGAAGAUGUGUUCUAAGGAGGGAGUUUACCAGACUUUUAAAAAUCGAGGGCAUUUCUAUACGAGAAAACCUCUCUUAGAAUGGUGGAAUUACUUUAAAAAUAUGCUCACCAUGAUGGCAACACAAGCUACUGGUAUCCCGAACGGCAAUCAUGGUCUGUUUCACAGAUUCGGAAUCCAAGCUUUAACUCUAGAAGGGUUUGAACAAUCGAAAGCUACAGGCAGCAGCAGAAUUUGGUUUGUGGGCAUAGGAAGAAUUAUCGAAGGAGUAUUUCGCAGCUUAAACAACCUACUGGAGAGGUUCCACCAGAGUUUCUUCUUCUAUUUAUUACCGUCGUCCGACAGAUAUAUUUCUAUAAGUAUCUACAUUCCCUCCGUUUGUUUGAUGGUAGGAACUAUGUUCAUUAAAGCUUGUGCGAGAUGGUUCAAAAUGAUUGAAACAAACAGUGAAGGUAAAAACUUGGAGACCUCAGCAAUAAGAGUCGAUAAAAUAAUAAUAACAUUCCUAACGACUCAUUUCUUCGGUGUUUUGAUAUCCAAUGUACCUCAGUUUGUUGCUCAGUACCCAACAUUGUCGCAGUACGAAACGAAUAUAAAAGUGUUUUAUCCAUUAUUGGCAUCGGUCGUUCUUCUCACAGUCCUACCGUUGUUUGUUAGUAUAAGGCAUUGUAAAAAAAGCAUGGAGUUACUGAACAUUUUGGCCAUGUUGGAACUGGGCACUACAUUGAUUUGUAUUUCAAUGAACAAUUUUUCGUUGGGAUUGUUUUGUGGGAUUAUCAGCGUGCCGGCAGCUCUAGUCAUCAAUCCUUCAAACUGCAGGGUAUGCUCAUAUUUUCAAAGGUUUCUAUGGUUUCUAAUUCAUCCGUUGAACAUUUUGGUAUGUAUUGUAAUGAUUAAUACCUACUAUUUAUUUCCCGAAGAAAAUUUGGAUGUGAUCUUAUUUAGAGGGUGGGAUGCUACCAUGCAAUCCAUCAUCUUUAGUAUUGUUGAUUCUAUGAUAUACGGUAAUUGGUUAUACGGAGUGAUAACGAAUAUUUUCAUACCUAAUUGGUUGUGCUUCUGGAUUGUUUCAUUCAGCGUUUUUAAAGAGGGAGAAACAAUAAAAGAUAGCGAUAAAGAAAAGAAAGAAUGAAAUAAUAUCGGUUAUUUAAUAAUUCAUUCAUUUAAUUUGUUUAUCGAGUGUAUUUGUACCUUUUUUACAUUAAAGUUAUAGAUUACUUCUGUGUCCUUAUAAAAUUUUUAAUUAUUCGUUUUUUACGGUUAGAGAAAUUUCAAUACAGUACUCUGAUGAUUGUAAAUUAAUAAGAAUAAGCUACUUAAAAAAUUAGACACCUUUUCUUAUUAGAAUAAGACUUUCCAGAAAUCUGAAACAGGAAAUGUGUCAAUUUGCAUUAUAUUUAAUAUCUCAUUAAUUUUAAGAGGAAAAGGUUAAUUUUGCUAAUGUAAAGUAAAAAAUAUCAUUCAUAAAAUCUUUACUUCGUAAAGCUGAAAACAAGAAUCGAACAACAUAUAAAUAUAUAAAAAAAAUAUACAAAAUAAUUUUUCCUAUAUUCGCAAUGCCUUUCAUUUUAAUAAUGCAUCGAACUUCUGAAUAUGUAUUAAAUAAAAUCGUGCUACACGAGAUUUUAGAAGAAAAAUGUGCAUGAAUAUGAAAUAAUCCCAGAAAAUAAUUCGCACAUGAAUAAUAUUUAAAUUUAUGUACAAUAAAAAGUCAUAGUAUCGAUAAAAAUUUUAGACAAUAUCACUAGCAAAUAAGCUGCUUCAUUAUUAACAUGUAAUUAUGAAUAGAAAUUAAAAUUGGACCAGUCUUAAAAAUCGGUUAACUUAUAAAUUUAUAAAUAGUAGGAAUAAAAAUGAGCAUUUCUACUAAUCUAUUGCGAAAUCAACAGUGAAUUUGUUUUAUCUGCCGUACUAUGAAUUAAGAGUGUAAAUAAUGAUAUACAGGUUGAUUCAUUUUUGUUUGCAAUAUAGGUUAUUAAGUCUAUGGGUCCGAUAAAGACAACUUCCAUUAGACAUAAAGGAAAAAAGAGUGAUAUUGUGUCAUUGCAACUUUUCACUCUAACAACUGUUAGGUAUUUUAAUAAUCUUUCUUUGUUCAACUCAUAGAAAUGACCAUAUUGCAAACUGAAAUGUACCAUUAUGUAUGUAUACGUACAAUAAUUCUGUGAUGAUAGAAUUGGUAACGUACUUGGUAACUUAAUUUUAGCUACAUACUUUUCUAGUACGCUUUAUAUGGAGUAGUAUAUUUCUUAAAAUUGAACGUUAACAGAUAUAGAAAUGGAUAUUAAACGACGGCAUGUUUUCUUCACAAUAAAUAACAUCUAUAUAUUUGUUUAUACAAUUCCUUUAAGCUAUUCCUUCAGCAUAUACUUUUUUAUUGUAAUAAUCAUAAUACAUAUAAAUAAAUUUAAUUUUUUUAAGAUAUAUUUCAUGCGAACGUUAAAUUUUUCGAUUUUGACCGAGUUAAUACAAAUUAUGGCAUAGCUAUCAAAACGAUGGCUCUUUUCGAAUAUCAUAAAAAUUAUGUACGAUCAUCGAAUAAGGGCAGUGCAAUAAAGCAAAAAUGAACGUACAUUAUAUAAUACACAUCUAUCAUUUGGAAACACAACCUCCUACAUUCCAUCAGCGCUACAUUCCAGGAAGAACUAAUAAAUAAAAUAAACUGUUCCUUAGUCUCAUACAAUCGUACACUAGCCGUUCGAGACGCGACGGAUACCUAUUAAAACGCAAUAAAAACCUAUUCAAUAAAAUUAACUAUCUAAAAUCUUAGCGCUCAGGCUAGACGACGACGCCGACUGGAUGUUAUUGGUAUACAGCGGCAUUUGCACGAACGUACAAGGGACAGGCGUAGGCGAGAGGGACGUCGGAUAGAGCACGGGAUUAUCCGUAGGAGUCCGUUCCUCCGGCACGUCGAGCUGUCGAUCCGAUUCCGGCAAGGAAUCGUUCGACUUGAAAAUCUGCUGGUUGAUGUGCGGAUGCUUGAUCCGGAUGGAGUCCACAACGUCGAGCAGGUUCUUCGAGUCCAUGGCUAGGACGUGAGCGGCCCCAAGCAUUCC